AUUCAUCCCUUCUCAGUCUGGCGCCGCGUGCGAACCUCGUACGAGCUCGGACUCCGUUGCUCUGUCUCCCGAAAUCGCUCGAUUUAUUCGCCAAACCGUUUGUUUAUCUCACCGAUUUUUUAUGGGUUAAUUUUUUUAAUUCGCUACUAGACAAUGAUCGAAAUAGUCAAGUCGACUUUUAGUAAUGGAGUAAUGUAAUUAUGGUCAAAAAAUUUAUUUUAAGUAAAAGUAUAAAAUAAUAGUCUAUUAUUGUUGUUAUUAUUAUUAUUGUUAUUAUUGUUAUUAUUAUUAUUAUGAUUAUUGAAUAGUAAAAUGAGUGUGGGUAAAUAAAUUAAAAGUGUAACAUUAGUCACGGUGAUUUGUGAUCGCUAGGAAGUACGGAAUUUCAUUUGACACAAGUGUACAAAUAGUUUAUUUCUGUAUAUAUAAUAUAUAUUGAGCAGAUAAGUGGCGAAGGAAUGAAAUGAAUCUACCACAUGGUACGUUUAUAAAUUAUUCAAGGUCACAAUUGACCUUGAAUAUUAAUAAUGAAAAAUCAUUAAAUGUCAUUUUAUAAUAAUAAUAAUAAUAAUAAUAAUAUUAAUUAUAAUAAUAAUAAUAACAACAAACAAUGAGUGUCUGUGGGUUUCGGUACUCGGGUGUUGUAAUACUUCUUACGACCACGACGUUGCUAUCAAGUAUCCUCACACUGUCGUUGGUCGGAACCGAAGAGUCUCAUCCACCGAUUGAGAAGCCUCGAGAGAUACUUCGUCAUCAGCAGACACACCGUCCGCUGUUCAUUGAUCGCCGUCUGAUUCACGACAUCAAGAUACCCGGGUCCUGGUUCACUGGGGAUUUAAACAACCGAGUGUCCGAAACACUGGAUCAGCCCGACUUCGGUAAUCUACGAGGGAGAGAUAAAACAAAACCGCCCCGGCCAGAGGAAGAGUUUAGACAGAAACAAAAGCUGUAUGUGGAGUCGGUUAGUAGUAAAGUGGUCAAGGUGGAAACCCCGAGUGAUGGAGGACACUUUCCUAAACCGGAAACGAAUGUCGAGAAGCUUCAGAUAAGACAUGGAAGGUCACGCGGGCACUAUGGCAGGUCCAAGAAAAUCGAACAAGUACCUGAAAUCAAGACAACCUUUUCGCCUCAAGAUAAAUUCAAGACGUACCUUAAUCUCGAGGAGGAUUUUAUUGACAGUGAGAGCUACGAAAUAGACCAGAGUGUCGAUCCGAUCUACUCGAAAUUGGUUGGACCAAACGACACCCUCUACGUGGAUAUUGACCUGGAUUUUAAGGACUCGGUUUACGGAAAUACAACAACGCGCGAUCUAAUUUCAAAGUCACAAAAUAUUCUUAAAAAGUUUGGAAACGGGGAUAAGGAACGUGAAGUGCGUCGAAGUGACUUGUUUAAAAAAAUUGAUAAACUAUCCGACAGAGAUGCGAAACCUAAAUUCGUUGAAAUAGCCAGUAGAAAUAUAACUUUUGAGAGCAGCACGCGAAAGCACGAUGUUUACGGUGUCUUGGUUCAUCAUCCGACGGAAAUAAAGACUUUUGACGAGUUUGUCGAGCGAAAUGCCGAGAUGGAUUACGCUUACGAGGAGUUUAGUAAAAAUUUAACUGAUGCCGAUUCAGAGAGAAAAGUUUUCGACGUAGGCGUCGACGAUGUCAAGAGGAAAGUCGAUAAGCCCAGUGUGCAAGAUGACAUUGUCACGCGAUUUUUGCGAAUAAUUGAAAACCAACACUUGUUGGGUGAAAACUGCACUGCGGGAACGGAUCUAAAUUUGGGCGAGGGUGUCGUAGAUCAGUACGCGCAAGAGAGAUUCAGAUUGGAAGCCAAUUUUGCAGUUAAUCGAGCGAAUAUGCUGACGCGGUUGUGGAAAUAUGCCCCAGAAGUUAUGCUGUCUUCUGAGUAUUUGUUGCAUGCAAGCGUCCUGUCAAUGGUGGAAUUCGACGAGGACAUUUUUGCGGCUGGCAAUUGCUACGACAAAAUGCAGUACAAGGAUCAUUGGCUCUAUUGUCCUUUCGCGCAUCGAUUGCCCGAUCACGACGGCGUUCUUGUUAAGGAUUUGGCUAUUGAGUACAAGUAUUUGAGCAAUAGCAGUGAGUGGUUUUUCAUCGCCAGGAAGAAUGCCGAGAGAGUUAUUGCCAGCAACAACCAAUUUAGCCAUGGCUACCACAGUUACACAUUAAAUGAGAGCACCCACACAGAUCGCAUUGAAGACGAAAUUCUAACAGUAAGAUAUGAGGACGGUCGUUGGUCAAAACCUUAUUAUGAUUGCGGUGGCGGCAACAUCUGGAUGCUCACUUACACGGUCCCGUUCUUCGGCUAUGCUAAUAAUACAUAUUUUUUCAAAGGCACCAGCGGAAUCGAUAUUGACCUUAGGAGAGUGGACAUCGAUCAGUGUCCGUUGCCCCCUGGUUCUCUUCAGCUAAACAUUUUUGCAGCCAGUGAUAAAUGCAAAAAGCGAACGACUGAGUGCGUUGCAAUACCAGGGCUGGGAUUUCGCCGCGGAAGUUAUCGUUGUGUUUGUAAACGCGGUUUUUAUUAUCCAGAUAUAAAGUCUACAGAACGUUAUUAUAAUGGUACCGUUGUUGAAGAGGAAUUUGAAAAGCUUAUGCUGGGCGAGCACAGCCAGUACGCGAUGGACGGAGUUUUCGAGUGUCUUCCGUGCGCCGAGGGCUGUGAGUACUGCGAAAACGGGUCUCCGUGUGUCGUAUCACUAAAUUGGCUUAUGAGGACGGCGCUGCUUAUUCUGGUAUGCUGUGUCAUAGCGUGCCUCCCAGUUGUUAUCCUUUUCACGUGGAAAUAUGGAAAUGUUAAGGUCGUGAAAGCCGCGAGUCCGGUUUUACUCCGCGUUAUUGUUCUUGGCGCGCUAUUCAUUUAUUGCACUACCAUCGUUAUGUAUCCACGUCCUAAUGUAGUGACUUGUACUGUACGAGUUUGGCUACGGGAAAUCGGAUUUUCUCUUACGUAUGGAGCUUUGAUGCUGAAAACAUGGAGAAUAUCCGUAAUAUUCCGGGUUAAGUCAGCAAAAGCAGUAAAAAUAACGGACAUGAAUUUGUUGAAGCGUCUGGGAAUAAUAGUGACGAUUUUCACGGUAUUUCUUGGAAUUCGUACAAUUGUUGCACCGCCAGUGGUUAUCGUUGGGAGAACAGCCGACGAUCUCAAGGCUUAUUUAUGCAAAACGGACUGGUGGGACCAUAGUUUCACAACCCUGGAAGUUAUGUUUCUAGUAUGGGGAAUAAGGCUGUGUAUCGUCGUACGAAAAGCCCCGUCUGAAUUCAAUGAGAGCAGAUUUAUUUCGAUGGCUAUUUAUAAUGAAUUUUUGUUAUCAGUAUUUUUGAACGUUUCGAUGUUAUUCCUCCAGUCACCAGCGAAUCCCGACUUGAUGUACAUAAUUUUCUUCUGUCACACUCAACUCACCGUGACGCCACUUCUGGGCCUUAUUUUCGGGAGCAAGGCGUACGUCGUAUUUCGUGGCGGCGGCAAAGAAGACGCAAUUGGAAAGCUUCCUGGUGCAACGGGUAAAUUUAUUGGAAAGACGUGUCGUGCACAAGCAUCCAGCAACCAGACCAACUCUAUUUCGCUGCAACAGGCCAAUUUUACUGAGGAAGGUGACGGAGUUAUGGAAGAAUUCCGACGUCUCUAUACCCAGCUCGAGAUGCUGAGAGAAAAAAAUAUGCGUUUGGGUAACCGUCAUUUGGCGGCUAAAAUACUUGCGAUGCAGGAGGCGUCAAAUCGUUCGAUAACACCAGUGCCGAGUGUUCAAGGGAUCUCGGCGACGCUUAAAUUAAGCAAUUUGAACAUAACGACCACGUCAACAACGACCUCGACGACAGUCGAAGAAACCAAUGUAAGUAAAUUAAACGCGGAUGUUUAUCAGGACAGCGCCAGUGAUAACGCAAAGACAAAAAGUAAAAAGUCGUCGGACGAUAAUGGCGAGUUGGCAAAUUCACGAGCUGAUAAGGAAGAGGAACUGGGUAACGAGAAUCCUUCGACUUCGGGGUAUUUUAAAAAUGGUAAAAUGCCUGAAAACUGUGUAAAUAUUUGUGACGAAAAUGGGGGUGGGGCUGGUGAUAAUGAUGAUGAUGAUGAGGACGAUAAUGUCAUGAGUUCAAACUCGGUUACAGAUAAUAGUGAAGCUAAUGAAAGUAAAGCUAAAGAUAGAGACAGAAAUAAAAAUAAAUCUGGUCAUGCCCGCACUCACGCGAUUGUCAUUAAUUUGGAUGAUAAGAGCAGAUGUUCUGAUGAAGUUACUGUGUAAAUUAUUAAUUAACUAUAAAUUUUGCUAAUGGUCUACAAGUGGGUCUUGAUAUAUUUUUUACUGUAAAAUUACUUAUGGUAAAUUUUUUUUUCUCAGGUUUUAUAUUUUGGUGACACGCGUUAGUAUCCCGGACAAAAUAUCCCCCGAGAAAAUGUCGGAAUAGUUCAAAAUUUCUAUUAAAAAUCCCCGGGUCAAAAAUAAAAGUUGAUUUAGACUUGGUUGACCAAGUCGAAAUUUGGAGCCGUUUUUCACAAGACAAACUCGACUUUUUUUACGGAGCUAUGAAAUAUAUUAAGUUUUCGCCUUGGUUUAGACUUAACUGGCUUACUUAGUCACGAUUUAAGACGAAAAAGUUGAAAUCAAGUCGAAAUUGACUUGGUUUAGACUUAUUCGACUUAAAUUAUAAGUCGAAAAAGUCAGAACUAAGGUGAAAUAAUUUUUAUAUAUUAAGGCGAAAGUAAGGCGAAUAAAUGACUUUUUUUCGACUUGGUUUAGCAAGUCAAAAGUAAUGUGAAUGACUAUCGUGCUCAAAGUAAAGACGAAUAAGUUGAAACUAAGAUGAAAAAAGUUCAAAAAGUUUAAAAAAAUUUAAUUUAAGUCAAAAAAGUCGAGAUCUUAUCAAAAAAUCGUCGGCAAAUCGAUAACUUCAAAGAAAAUAAGGCGAAGCGAGCCUGAAUCAAGUUUUAUUUUUGACCCGGGUCAUGUUAAUAAAUAAGUUUCAAUGUAAAUAUAUUAUUGUUAGAAUUUGUCAUAACAAGCUUAUGUGUUGGCCUAUUUUAGAAUUAACACUCACAAAAUCCGUGAAAAAAGGGCACAGCACGAUAAUAAGCUAAUUAAUGUUCUCUACUAAUGUUUUUUAAUUAAUUGAAAAUUUUUUAUUUAUAUGCUUUAAUAGGCAAACAGAAAGCAAUAGACCUUGUAGGCCAUUCCUGAAAUUUCCUAUCUUGGACCUAAAAGACAAUGGACCGAAUCUAAUAAUAAAAAUAUUUUUUUUUUAUAUUUCGUUACAGAGAUAUAUUGGUCCUGGGAUAUUUUGUCGGGGGAUAUUAACGCACGUAACUUUACAUUUUAUUCAAAAUUUCACAGACAUUCCAAAAGUGAGACUCAGUUUUUUUGUAUUAAAUAUUUUUUUAAAAGAAUCUCUAAAUCAAAAAAAUCUAUUCAAUUAUAAGUAAAAUCGGUAGUCAGUCGCGAUAAAAAAAAUUUAUCGAUAUUAGUUUAUAAAAAUUUUGUCCAGCCCAUUGUGUCCCGAUUGUCGAUGUCUUGUAAUAAAAUUUAUAGAUCAACCACCAAAUGACCGCAACCUUAAAACUCAACAAUUUUAUAUAAAAAAAAAAAAUAUAUUUUUUCUGCUCAUAAAAAUCUCACGUACGCAAUUACAUUAUCAUAUUAGUAUGCAACCCGACAUGUCGCCUCUCUGAUUUAAAUUACAAAUAUCAAUUUUAUGAUCAAAUAAAAUUAGAUGCACGUGGUCACUAGUCGGUACUGUUGCCAAUUUAAAUUUGAAAUAAAAUAAAAAAAAUCGUAAUAACAAAUCCGACGUAAUUAAUUAUGUUUGGCUUAUCAAUUAAAAUAAUCUAUACUCUAAUUAAUUAACAAAUGUUUCACGUGAUCAGGACAAUUUAAUUAAUAAUUCACUAGUUAUUGUCACGAAACGUAAAUAUCAUUAAUAAAUUAAUUUAUGCGGGAUCAAAAUAUCGUUUUAAAUCAUUAAUAAAUUUUAAUUAACACGUUGGCAUAAUUUAAUUAAAUAAUUUAUUACCGAUAAUAUAUUAACGUUAUUAUUAUUAAAGGAAAUCGCAAUCUGCUCACUUGAUUAUUAAAAACAAAAUGUACAUAAAUAUAUAUGAGUUAAAAAUGAUAUUUUAUGUAAAUAUUUACGAGAAAUUUUGUAAAAAAAUAUCAGCAACAGCUCGAUAAUUUAAAAUAAACAAAUUUAGUUGCUCGCGAAUGUAUCAGCAUUAAGUGGAAUUUAUUGUAUAUUAUGUACAUACAUACAUACAUACAUAUUUAUAUAAUAUUUCAAGUUGUAUUAAAGUCUGUGCUUAAAAUAAAUAAAAAUGUAGUUGGAAAAUAAAAAUGAGACUAAAAUAAAUAUGAGGGUUAAAAUAAAAAAUAUGAAGAGUAGAGUAAAGUUUAUUUGGUCAGUCAGACACAAGGGUUGUUUGGAGUUUGUUUAUUUACCAAAACUCUAAAUGAAAUGAUGACAUUGUUUUCUAACAGAGUGUAAGCUUGUAUAUAAGUUCUAUAUAUACAUAUAGAUAUAUAUAGAAAGAGAGAAAGAGAAAGAGAAAGAGACAGAUAGAGAAAAAGUAUGUUACAGUGUCUGACCUAGUGCAACUUUGUUCUUCUUCGUAUUUGGCCAACUAGACAAUUACAUGUCAUCGCUUAUCAAUAAAACUAUAGAGGCUUCAAAUUAAUAAUUAAUUUAGAUGAAAUUUUUUUUUAUUUCGAUCUGUUGGGUAAAGGGCGGGCAAGAUCAGGACAAAAAAUUUAAUUUUUUUAAAUUGACUGCGAUAAAUAUUCUAAUAAAGAAAAAAAAAAUUUAAUGGUAAACUGUAAAUUUUGGUAAUAAGUAACUUUGGUAGAUUUUUUUUUUAAAUGAAGGAAAGCACGGAAUCAAGGCUCUGAAUAUUUAAAAAAAAAAGUAUGAAAAAAUAGUAAUUUUAUUUUUAGCUCGUUCUUCUUUACGGUGAAUUUAUAAAAAAAUAAAUUUAUGUAAAAUAUAUACAGGGCUUGUAAUCUUCAUAAAAAUUUAUUUUUCACUUUAGAUCAAGUAUAUAUUUAUUACCGAAGAAAAUUUCUUGCCACAUUAUUAUUCUCGUUGUUUGAAAAUUUAUGAAAAAAAUUCGGGAUUAAAAAAACCUCAAGAUUGAUUCUUUUUUUUUUGUGAUAAAAAAAUAUAUAAGCCGUUAUUCUGUAUUGACAAAACAAUGACUAGAGAAUUGAGAUAAUGUAAAAAAAAACGGCUGUGCCAAAGUUUUCCCGCCUCCAGCCCUCGAAUUCAAAAUAAAUUUUUAAAAUAAUCAUGAAAAAUAAACUGAGCCCCAAAAAUUUUCAUGAUUAUUUUUUGUAAACAAUUAAGUUUUUAUUUCAUUUGUAAAUAGUUUCAUAUUUUUAAAUUAAUUAAUUGCUUCCUCUGAUAAUUUUUUUAUGCUUACAUUUAAUAAUUAUUAAUUUUAAUAAGCAAUUAACCCUUCGUUGGUCGCGUCGCGAAAAAUCGCCGUCAUGUUAAUUUUCUUACAGUGUUGCCAAAUCUAUAGACAAUUUAUGACAGCCAUACUAGCUUUCUAUAUUUCGGUUUCGUAUAUGUGGCAACACGUUGAGAAUAAAAUUUCACUGUCUAGUUUGGUCGUGCUCACUCGACGUUUAUUAUUUAAUAUGUAAUUAAUAUAAAUAGUUAUAAUUAUAUAUAGGGCCCGGAUUUUUGCGUUAAUUCAAAAAUAAUUAAUAAUUAGUGGUGUGAAAUUUUUUAUAUUACGGGGAAAAUAUUGGUCUUAUGAAAAAAGUUUUCAAACAAAAUUUGUAGGAAAUAUAAUUUUCUAAAAAAA